AUGGAUAUCACACAUUUUGAGAGACACUGUAUGAUCGGUGUACCUAUGAAUAUAAGCUUUUUGAUAUUGCCUGGGAACUCAAAACAAAUAUUCAAUUCUCUGAUGGAGGCAGCGCUGGUGGCUCUUGUAUUGGAUUCUCUGGAAUGCCAGCAAACACUGGGAACCAGUGGUGGUGCUGGUGUAAAUUCAAAUGGUGGCAAAUCUUGCUGUGGUGGUGUGAAAUCUAAUGGUGGCGAAAAGGGUUCUUCCUCUGUUGGUGGAGCAAAUAUGGGGACUAAUGGCGGUGCUGGUGUGAAGUCAGCUGGUGGUGUGAAAUCAAAUGGUGGCAAAUCAGGUUCCUCUGUUGGUGGAGAGAACAUGGGGACGAAUGGUGGAGAUGGUAUAAAUUCAGCUGGUGGUGAUAAAUCUGGUUCAGUAGGUAUGGGGAUUAAUGGUGGUGCCGGUGUAAACUCAGCUGGUGGAGGCAAAUCAGGUUCAGUUGGUGGAGUAAAUAUGGGAAUUAAUGGCGGUGCAGAUGUAAACUCAUCUGGUGGUGGCAAAUAA